CGUCAUUUCCGGUGGGGAAGGCCCGCGGCCGCCGCCGCCAUUUCGGGCACUGCUGUGAGGCUGAGACCGGAGCCGGUCCGCUGGGCGGCGGGCGCCGGGGCAGGAGGGGCGCGCGCGGCGGCGGCGGCCCAGCGUGUAGGCGCGGAGGCGGCCAUGGCGGGCAACUUCGACUCGGAGGAGCGGAGUAGCUGGUACUGGGGGCGGUUGAGCCGGCAGGAGGCGGUGGCGCUGUUGCAGGGCCAGCGGCACGGGGUGUUUCUGGUGCGGGACUCGAGCACCAGCCCCGGGGACUAUGUGCUCAGCGUCUCCGAGAACUCGCGCGUCUCCCACUACAUCAUCAACAGCAGCGGCCCGCGCCCGUCUGUGCCACCGUCGCCCGCCCAGCCUCCGCCCGGGGUGAGCCCCUCCAGACUCCGAAUAGGAGAUCAAGAGUUUGAUUCAUUGCCUGCUUUACUGGAAUUCUACAAAAUACAUUAUUUGGACACUACAACAUUGAUAGAACCAGUUUCCAGAUCCAGGCAGGGUAGUGGAGUGAUUCUCAGGCAGGAGGAGGCAGAAUAUGUGCGAGCCCUCUUUGACUUUAAUGGGAAUGAUGAAGAAGAUCUUCCCUUUAAGAAAGGAGACAUCCUGAGAAUCCGGGAUAAGCCUGAAGAGCAGUGGUGGAAUGCAGAGGACAGCGAAGGCAAGAGGGGGAUGAUUCCAGUCCCUUACGUCGAGAAGUAUAGACCUGCCUCCGCCUCAGUAUCGGCUCUGAUUGGAGGUAACCAGGAGGGUUCCCACCCACAGCCACUGGGUGGGCCGGAGCCUGGGCCCUAUGCCCAACCCAGCGUCAACACUCCGCUCCCUAACCUCCAGAAUGGGCCCAUUUAUGCCAGGGUAAUCCAGAAGCGAGUCCCUAAUGCCUACGACAAGACAGCCUUGGCUUUGGAGGUCGGUGAGCUGGUAAAGGUUACGAAGAUUAAUGUGAGUGGUCAGUGGGAAGGGGAGUGUAAUGGCAAACGAGGUCACUUCCCAUUCACACAUGUCCGUCUGCUGGAUCAACAGAAUCCUGAUGAGGACUUCAGCUGAGUAUAGCUCAACUAACAGUUUUGCUGACAGAUGGGAACAAUCUUUUUUUUUUUUUUUCCCGAUUGUCAUCUAUACAGUUUUCUUACAGAUGUCAAAGCAGUCUAGUUUAUAUAAGCAUUCUCUUACCUGUGAUCUUUUUAGACUGAAUUACAUCUCUAGUCUCAUUUAUCAUAUUCAGGGUACGAAACUGGAGGGCUCGUGUGUUAACUUCUGAAUUGGCAAUUUUAGGUGGUAACAGCCAUGCCUGAGUGUAUCAGAAGGGAUGGAUAUUUUGCCUGCUUUCCCUCUGGUAGUGCAAAUCAACCUGUGGAAAACUGACGGACAGGAGAGGAAUAUUGCACGCUGCUUACCCUGAUUUAUUCAAUGGUUUUGUUUUCAUUUUGAAACAAUGCUAUCAAAUGGCAAUAGACUGUUCCCUUCCACCCCCAUGAAGUAAUCUUGCACCGUGUGAAUAGUAAGUACCCAGUGGGAUUGCUUUUUCAUUUAUAGAACAUGACCACUGUAUGACUCAUUCUGACAGUUCAAAUCCUGAGAUUUCUGAGGACACUACUAGAGGCAUUUGUCUUCCUUUCUAGUCAAUGCUUCAUACUUUUUCUUGGGAUUCUUUAAAUCCUUGUCAUUCUUUUCCCCCAAACCUACAAAUAGGUUCAUUCUCAAGAAAAGUGUUUCUUUUCAUUCCAGAUGACAAGCAGGAUGUGCAGAGCACUUUAUUCAGUGCAUAGCUUUAAGCCAGUAUUGGAUUCACUGAGUGGACACCCAAACUCCCAGCUUUCUGCCUUCCCUCAAGGGGUCAUAGUAGGUUCACACUGCUACCACAGCUAAACAGACUCCUGGCUAGUGGGAUCCAGCAGGGCCAUUUCUCCUGAGUGCCAGUAUCCUAUUAGGGGACUCUUUGAAAUUCUUAGCUUCUACUUGCUUAGAGUGGAAGGACCAAUCACUUAGACUAUUCCAUAGAUGGUUGUAGGGCCAAAUUCUGCCCUUUGCUUUAUAUGCAACUUGUAUAAAAGUCAAGUUAAAAUUACAUGAGUUUGGGGUAGGGUUAGCUCUUUGAAAAACAUUUGAACCAAUCAUGAAUUACUUAUGUAUUAUUCAUUUUACAUGGCCAGAAUAGUGCUUGAAGUGCAUUACAUUAUCAACUGCCUUCAUUUUUGGCUCUUUUUCUUUAUGUUCCAGUUUAGUUUACAAAUCCUUUUAAGUAUGGAGUGGUUUAUAUGGGGUCAGGUGCUCCAAGAAUAGACUUCUGAGACCAAAAAUGAUCUAGGCUAUUUAGACUACAAUAUGAAACCUUCAAAGUUAGUUCCCAGUCUAGGAAGGCACUUACUGGUCUAUGGUGUGAUAUGACCCAUAGAAACACCUUAUAUUUUGCUUUGGGCCUCAUUUUAGAAAAGUAAUGUAUCUUUCUAAUUGUUUUUACAUAGGUUAAUGAUUAAUAUGCAUUCUUUGAACAUAUACCAAAUCAUGGUAUCCCGGUGACUAGCACAAUACCUGGCAUAGUCGGUGUGCAGAUGUUUGUGUGAGUGAAUGAGGGGUAUGCAGAAGCUCUUUAUAUGGCACAGGGAAGCCAGCUGACACAGGAUUACAUACCACAAGCAAACUAAUGAGUUGACGCUAAUUUAAUGUAUUUUUACCUCACACUAAGGUAAUGCUUGAUAAAGACAUUAAUAUUCAACUUUUAAAAGUUAGCACAGUGCAAUGCACAUAGUGGGUGCUCAAUAAUGUUAAAUGAACAGAUUUGCAAUACUAGACUUAAUUCCAUCUCACUACUGUUAAAUUUUCAGUUAGAGCAUAGAUACUGUAAAAUCCAAAUCCAAAUACACAUUAAAAUCUUGUUUUCCUGAAAGUAUGACAUCUAAAAUACUUGUAGAAAAACCUUGUCAUAAACUGAUUUGAAUGUUUGUAUUUUCUUUUGCCUUUGACUUUGAUAUUGGCUUGUAAUGUCUCUUUUUGUUAUGUAAUAUUAGUGGAACAUUCAACUCUACCCAAAUCAUAAGAAUUUUUAAUGAUCAGUUGUCUGAAGCCAUUAUAUGAACUGUUAGGUUGGAUUUGGCUGGGUGUGAUAGUUGUUGGACCUUAAAUCAAAGGACUCCUAAUAAGUAUCUUCCAAAAGCAAAUGCUAGAAUCCGAUUCCAGUGCAUAUGUACAUUGUCACAGAGCAAAGUAAACUGUAAUUGGCUGCUAUAUUUUAUAUAAUCAUUUCUGCAAAAGCCCAGUUUUUGGAUACUAAUAUUUGACAUGGUUAAUUCUUAUUAAUGUGUUGGAAUUGUUUAUUGUUAAUAAUGCAAAUAGAUAAUUUUUAAUUAUCCUUAAGUAACAUUUCACUAUUAAUGGUUUGAAAUGGGUGGUAAGCAAACCAGUUUGAAAUAAAAUAUGAACAUGUGCCAUUGUAUUAUAACACUAUACACUUUCUUGACAGUUAAAUUUAAAAAAAAUGUUUUUUUGUAGCAUGUAUUGUAUAUGUUUAUAGUAUAUGUAGUAAAUAAAAAUAUGGCCAAAUGUUUGGCUUGGUGAUCUUUUGAAGAAAGUAAUCUUUGAAUAUUUUUCACAAAAGAGCUAAAUCUUUUAUGCUUAGGGAGUAAGAGGUGUGUACAUUCAACAGCCUACAAGCAAUCAUAUAAUCAGAUAAAGAAGCAAUUAUACGUAAUCUGUAGGUACUCAUUAAAGCUGAGGUUGAUCGUUGGUGAUAUUUUGAAGGGUCUCCAGAAAUCAUGAAAUAAAUUGAUUUGAGACAAAUGUAAGAGUCAUUAUGUAAUGAUCAGAAAGCUGGAAUAAUGUGGACAGAGAACAUCAAAUUUGUCCAGAAAUGGUUAUAUGUGGGUGUAAAGAAAAUAAGGAUAUGGUAGGGGGCUUUAUAAAGCAAAUGAGAAAUUUAGAUGUUAUAUAAUAGGUUUUUAGAAUGUUAGUGUAGAUAAUAGUGUAAUUUCUUCUUUUUUAUGUAAGUAGCACAUUUUCAGAAUAGAUAAUUUAGUAAAUAAAGAAAAGGUCAAACAUUAUGUUCUUUCCAUCGUUUCUCAAAGCAUGUGUGUAUGUAGAGACACAGUGUGACACUAUGUAUACCUAAAAGGUUGACAUUAUACUCUAGUUUUGUGUCCUACCGGUGGUGAAGUUUUAAAAUGAGAAGGACAGGGGAGCCUGGCUGGCUCAGUCAAACCAUGCAAUUCUUGACCUUGGGGUCUUGAGUUCAAGCCCCACACUGGGCGUAGGUAUUACUUUUUAAAAAAAAUGAAAUGAAAAGGACAAGCUUUGCCAGUUACUUAUACAGUAUUCUGCCUUGGCCCCAAAAUAAAACAUCUCAUUACUGCUGUAGACAUAGCAGAUUGUCAACCCAGAGUUAAAUAAAGGAAUCUCCUCCAAAGGGAGCCAACUUUGGCAUACACAAGCUUAACAGCAAGGUGAUUUAAGUAUGUUUCAACUUUUUAUCGAUAAAAAUAAAGUGUUAAAAUCUUGUUUUAAUAUGUUGAGUGUUGGGGUUCCUUCACAUAACCUUGAGUGCUCAUACCGACUCCUGUAUUUAUCACCCUGAUUUUCAGAUUAAAUUCUAUUCCUCUUACAGAUCUGAAGAGAGAAGCCCCCUCCAUAGAAGAAAACGUGAAAAUAGGCCUCUUAAGUUUGGCAGGAGGAGGCUAAGUAUUUGGACUUCUACUGCCAUGCAUACCCUGAAGAUAAAAAGAAUGGGUGGAGGGCAAACAGGAACUAACUAUCAAGAAGUGAGGUUCAGGGGUGCCUGGGUGGUUCAGUCGUUAAGCAUCUGCCUGCAGCUCAGGUCAUGAUCUGGGUCCUGGGAUCGAGCCCCGCAUCGGGCUCCCUGCUAGGCGGGAAGCCUGCUUCUCCCUUUCCCACUCCCCCUGCUUGUGUUCCCUCUCUCACUAUAUCUCUCUCUCUGUCAAAUAAAUAAAACCUUAAAAAAAAAAAAAGUGAGGUUCAGGGGCACCUGGGUGGCUCAGUCAGCUGAGCGUCUCUCUCUUAGUUUUGGCUUGGGUCAUGAUCUUAGAGUUGUGGGAUCGAGCCCCGCAUCAGGCUCUGCACUCAACGAGGAGUCUGCUUGAGAUUCUUUCCCUCUCCCUCUGUCUGCCCCCCCCAAAUAAAUGAAAGUGGGGCACCUGGGUGGCUCAGUCGGUUAAGUGUCUGCCAUCGGCUCAGGUCAUGAUCUCAGGGUCCUGAGAUUGAGCCCUGCAUUGGGCUUUCUGCUCGGUGGGGAAUCUGCUGCUCUCUCUCUCUCCCCCUCUACCCCUUCCCACCACUUGCUCCCUCUCUCAAAUAAAUAAAAUCUUUAAACAAAAGGUGAGGUUCAUAAAAAAGAGCAAUGCUUGAGGAUCCUCUAGGGAUAUAGGAUGAAGGCAAGCAAAAAUGAGCACUCAGGCUGGCUUUUAGUCAAGGGGACACUUCCAAUAUUUCUGUGGUUGUCCUGAUUUUCUUAGAUUUGAGAUCUGCAUUAAUCCUAUAAAAGUGAGCUCUAGAAUAUUGACUAAAUGGUCAAAGGUAAACUGACUUGGACAGAAUUUUUUCUGUCCUCCCACUUCAAAUGGGGAAGACUUUGGACAUUUAACUUUCUGGGAGUGGGAGGGAGAAUAGUUGUAUAUCAGGCAUGUGGAGGUUGACUUGUUCAAAGCCUCUGUUUACUUUGGGAAAAUUUUACGGAGUUUCUAGCUUCAUUUCAAGCUGGUGACCCAGAUAGGCUUCUCGAAGGUUCUGAGUACUAGGCAAGGAAACUAGGAAAGUAAAACCCUGAGUUGAGAUUAAGAUGGGCUCCUCUUCUCUCUUUUAAGCCAGGAAAGUCUGUGAGUGAAAAUGAAUUUGGUACUAUAUAAGGGUAUAAUACUGUUUGUUGCAUACCUUUGGGCUGCCCUAGUGUUCUCUCUGAUGCGGAUCGAGCUUCCUAGAGUUGCUGUGCUGUUUGUACACAGUGCUACCUCCCUCUCCCCUUAGACCUCCAGCCUAACUGCAGGCUUCCCAUGAGCCCUUAACGCUUGGGAGCCCUAACACAAAGUCUUGGCUGAUGUUGCUACAGUGUCUAAAGAUUACCUACCGUGGGGUGAUAGCAAUCUUGACCUCACUCAUCUUUUUGGAAUUCUUUGUUUUGAGAGAGUAUCACACGAACCUAAGGAUACCUGUAGUGCCAGAGAAAGAGGUUGUUCCAAAUAUGAAGUAUUUUAGUAAAUAAGUAAGAAGUACUCCUAUUGUCACCAAAGGGAGAAAUUGACUCCAUAUUUUGCGGGCUAUUUAGCUGUCAGGGCUAACUGGGUGCUUCUGUGACUAGUUUUGACCAGGCUAGAGCAGUUCUGUGUGUGGUGGCUCCUGUACAGAAUAGAUCCUUGCCCUUGUGAAUCUUACAUUCUAGGAGUAGCAGGACAAAAUCCACACCCAUAACUCCCAUGGGGGCCCGUGGUGACAUCCUGAAAGUAAGUGUUCCGUCCAGGUCACCAGACACAGCUUGGUGGGCAGCACCUUUUUGUGAAUAACCACUUGGAAAAGGCCCCCCUUCCUCUAUGUGGACAGCCCCAUGCCAGGCUCAUGGCUUGACAAGUGCCAACAAGAGUGUGAUUUGGAUUACAACCCCUCUUGCCUCCUCAACUGAGUGCCCUUGUCUGGUGCAUGACUGUACAUGACCAUAAAUAGCUUUGAUGAUUCUGUUUAAUGUUCCAGUUGCCUGCCCAUUUAUAGACGUCUCUCCCCCCAAUGUCCCCCUCAUCACCAAAUUCUGUCAGCUCUGCCUCCAAAAUCCUCGCUUUAUGCCUCUGUCACCACCACCCAAGCAGCCGUCUUCCAUGUGGACCACUGUGACAACCUCUUCCUGGCCACUCACUUUCCCUCAUCUGUUCAUUAGAGAGCAACCAGGAUGGCCUUCCUUGGCAGACUUGAUCGUGGCAUUCCCUUGCUUAAAAAAAUCCUUUAGUGCUUCCUCUUAAUCAUACACAGUCUGCAUUCCAUACAAUGGAAGUGCUCACCUUUUCCUCAGCCUGCCUUAGUCUCUGCUCCUGGCAGGCUUUCCUUUCAGCUUCUCAGAUGAGGGGUACCUGGCUGGCUCUAGCAUGCUACUCUUGAUUUUGGGGUCGUGAGUUCAAGCCCCAUGUUGGGCAUAGUGAUUACUUAAAGGAGGGGAGCAAAUCAGCUUCUCAGAUGAAAGCCCUUGCCCAUUCUAAGACCUCCCUCCCCCCCAACUCUGAUCUACUGUCUUGGUUCCAGCUUAAAUGUUGCUUCCUCAGAGAUUCCUGCCCUGAAUCCCUAAAUCUCAUCAUCAUUCACAUCAUUUACUUUCAUGGUGGUCAUCUCAUACUGUGAUUAUAUAUUUCUUUUUUUUUUACAUUAUAAUUUUUUUUUUUUUUUAAGAUUUUUUAUUUAUUUGCGAGAGAGAGAAUGAGAGACAGCAUGAGAGGGCGGAAGGUCAGAGGGAGAAGCAGACUCCCUGCUUAGCAGGGAGCCCGAUGUGGGACUCGAUCCCGGGACUCCAGGAUCACGACCUGAGCCGAAGGCAGUCGCUUAACCAACUGAGCCACCCAGGUGCCCUGUGAUUAUAUAUUUCUGUGGUAAUUACAUUCCAUCUCUUAGACUGUAAGUCCACUCCAGCAGGGCAGGAGCUACAUGUGAUUUGUUCAUUCCAUCUUGAGAGUCCAGCACAGAGCCUGGCUCACAGCAGACAAUACAUGUUUAUUGAACGAAGAAUGUUUCCUUCAGAGAUUUUAGUGCUGGGGAACAGGGACCCAGCCGAUUACCUCUCAGCUGCUGUCUCUCGUUUUCCUGAUCUUGUGUAUGCUCAAAGACUAGGUUCAUUUUAAUGUGAGAGUAAAACCCAUUUAGGAAUGUCCUUCUGUUGCAGAAACAUGAAAUGCUUGUUAAAGCCUAGUCUCAAGGGUUUGGGUCCUUUCCUGUGGCCAUGUUCCUUUCCUUUUGCAUAGAAGGAGAGGUGACUGGAUCACUUAGAGGGGACCUAUAUUCAUAAAUGAAGAUUAUUCACUGGUUGUAUCUUUUUAAUUUUAAUUCCAGUGUGAACAUACAGUGCUAUAUUAGUUUCAGGCGUAUGAUACAGUGACCCAACAGUUCCAUACGUUACUCAGUGCUCAUCACGACAAGUGCACUCUUGGGGCGUCUGGCUGUCUCAGUCCAGAGAGCAUGUGACUCUUGAUCUCAGGGUUGUGAGUUCAAGCCCCACAUUGAGUGUAGAGAUUACUUAACUAAAAAAAAAAAAAAAAAAGUGCAUUCUUAACCCCCUUUACCCAUUUCACCCAUCCCUCCACCCUCCUCCCCUCUGGUAACCAUCAGUUCUCUAUAGUUAAGAGUCUGUUUUUUGGUUUGUCUCUUUCUCCUUUGUUCAUUUACUUUGUUUCUGAAAUUCUAUAUAGGAGUGAAAUCAUACAGUAUUUGUCUUUAUCUGACUGGCUUAUUUUAUUUAGCAUUAUACUCUCCAGUUCCAUCCAUGUUAUUGGGAAUGGCAAGAUUUCAUUUUUUUUUUUCUUUAAGCACCCCAACUCUUUUUUUAAGUGUCUUUUUUUUUUUUUUUUUGAGAGAAAGGGAGAGAGCGAGGGAGUGUGGGAUUGGGGAGGGGCAGAGGGAGAGGGAGAAAGAAUCUGAAGCAGACUCCGCACUGAGUGCAUAAUCUGAUGCCAGGUUCGAUCUCAAGACCACGAGAUUGUGACCUGAGCCAAAACCAAGAUUCGGACAGUUAACCCAGUGAGCCACCCAGGCACCCCUGACUCUUGUUUUUUUUUUUGCAAAGAUUCCAUUUUUUUUAUGACUGAAUAAUAUUUCUGUGUGUGUGUGCGCUGUACCUCACAUCUUUAUCCAUUCAUCAAUCGAUAGAUACUUGCUUGGGCUGCUUCCAUAGUUUGGCUAUUGUAAAUAAUGCUGCAAUAAACCUAGGGGUGCAUAUAUCUCUUUGAAUUAGUGUGUUUGUAUUCUUUGGGUAAAUACCCAGUAGGGCAAUUACUGGAUCAUAGGGUAGUGCCAUUUUUAACUUUUUGAGGAAACUCCAUAAGGUUUUCCACAAUGGCUGCACCAGUUUGCAUUCCCACUAACAGUGCAUAUGGGUUCCCCACUAGUUGUCUUAUUUUUAAUUUCUAGUUUUCACAGUACUUUCUUUUUCUUUUCCUUUUUUAAAAGAUUUUAUUUAUUUAUUUGACAGAGAGUGCAGAAGCAGGUGAAGCGGCAGGCAGAGGGAGAGGGAGAGGGAGAAGCAGCCUAACCACUGAGCGGGGAGCCCGAUGUGGGGCUCGAUCCCAGGACCCUGGGAUCAUGACCUGAGCUGAAGGCAGACGCUUAACUGAGCCACUCAGGCGUCCUUAGCAAUACUUUCAAAAAGACCGAAUCCCGUUACCAAUAAUGUCAAGAUUACAUCCAAAUUAUUUUGGCCUAAAAUGCUGAUUGUAAUGGAAGUAGCUUAAUAUGUCCUGGACACUAUUCAAAGUAAUUACUUCUUACCUUGCUAUUUGGGUCUCAAUAACAUAAACCUCAGAGGCAGCAAGUCAAGAAUGCAGCUAAAAGAGGCAAGGUCCUUGUGAAUUCUUUCUGUAAAUUAUAGGAAAGGGCAUGACCCCACUCUAGUAUCAAGGUGGGUUGGAAAUAAAGAGAAAAUUGGCCUGAGUCUGGGGCCCACAUCCUUUUAGGAGCCUUGUGAUAGAACAAGAAAGAAGGAGAAAGCCAGAUCCCAUCCCCAAAAAAGAAUGUAACAAGAGGAAGUGGUUUAUUUAAAUUCUUUGGCCACAUCUUUUCUUCCAGUAGAAUCAAGUUCUUCCUCUACUUUCACUUUUUCUUUUGAAUAAAAAAUUGCCCCAGUUUCUCAUUUCCCAUGUUAGGCAUGCCUGUGGGAUUAGAUUUAUGUUUGAACCAGCUAGUUGCUUCUUGUUUCUUAGCAAGCUCUGCCAUAUGAUCAAGGGCAGUCUUCUUGUUGUCAUGACGACCGACAUUUACAUAAGCAAGAACUGGGGGAGAACAUUGUUGUUUGGAAUGGGAUCUGUGGUAAAUUUCAUCGUAAUGGAAAGAUAAAGCACUGACUUGGCGGGCUAGCAGCUAGAAUUGGAACAACAGAGCAGACUUCCUAUUCCUUUUAGUGAGAUCUAUUUGAUAGGUACCACUUUUGGCUAUCAUAAGUAACUGCCAUACCUGGAAAAAAAAAAAGGAAAGAACGUGAUCAUCUUUAAUUCUGUCUUUAAUCACAUUUUCAGUAGCAAUCAGGAUAUUGUGUGUUUGUGGGAGGGGGAGAGAGGCCUGUUCUUCUAAAGCAAAGGUUAUGGAUCCAGAAUCUUUUGACCCCUAGGGGAUCCGGAGAUAGACCUCAUAAGGGGUAUGGCAGAGAUUACUCAUUCAAGUCCAUGUUCUCUUCUGUGCACACUGCCUGACUCCCUUGCUGUUAUGUACGACCAUGUGAUUGAGUUCAGCCAAUAGACUGUGUGCAGGAGUGCCUGCGUCCCUCUCAGGCCUGGCUUAUAGAAACCUGCUGCAGGUGCUCCUCCAUGUUCUCUGUUUCCAUCAGGCUGGAAUGGAGCUGACACCAGGGCAGAGACUUCAUCCACCUGACCCCUAAGUGAUUGCAUGAAGAAGGGCCUUUCCAGCUUACUUACCAGCUAGGUAGCAAGAAAUAAACUUAUGUUCAACUGUUAUAUGGGGGCAUCUGGCUGGGUCAGUUGGUGGAACACAUGACUCGAUCUCGGGGUUGUAAGAUUGAGCCCCAUGUUGGGAGUAGUGAUUACUUAAAAUCUUUUAAAAUUUUAAAUAAAUUUUAAAAAUCUUUUUUAAAAAAACCACUAUAUAAAGGGCACCUGGGUGGCUCAGUCGUUAAGCGUCUGCCUUCGGCUCAGGUCGUGAUCCCAGGGUCCUGGGAUCGAGUCCCACAUCGGGCUCCCUGCUCUGUGGGAAGCCUGCUUCUCCCUCUCCCACUCCCCCUGCUUGUGUUCCUGCUCUCGCUAUGUCUCUCUCUGUCAAAUAAAUAAAUAAAAUCUUUAAAAAAAAAAAACAAACCACUAUAUGUUUUGAGGUCAAAUAGUUGCAGCAGUUAACCCACUCUAAUACAAAGGAGUUGAAUUGGAUAGGCGAAUGGCUAACCAGCUGGAAGAGGUUAUGACCAUGUGACACCAAAGCUUUGUAGAAAUUAGUAAGAUGCUAGAAUCACCUCAGAUAGCCAACAAUUUUGUAGUGUAAGUAUGUCCCAUGUAAUAUCUGAAAUUGAAAUUAAACUGAGUAUCCUGUUUUUAUUUGCUAAACCUGGCAGUUCUAUCCCUGGCUGCCCUUUAGAGAAAUACUGCUGUGGGGUGCUGCUCUUUCCUCCAGGGGUACUGCCUUCCUUCUGAAGCAUAAACAGGCCACACCUGGACAUUUGGGGCCAAUCCGCUCAUUCCGUCCCUCAUACUCUUGUCAUCUUGCUAACUGCCCCAAGUGUAAGUCCCCCCGUCACCUCUCAUUUUGUUCCUGGCAUCCUCAAGCUGCACUGGGUCUUCUCUAAACGUAUGGAACCCCAUUUUGGACUUUACUCCAUCUUUGAAGCUCUUGCCAUCCGAUUAUGCUCCCUACCCAGUUUACGGUCAUCAACAAACCUCCCUCUCAUUUAUGAAAGAUUUUGACAUCUGGUUUACUGUGUCUCUUCACCUCAAGGCCUGCUAUCAUCUGGGGUGACCCAUCCAUUACCUUGGCCUCUCUCUCUCUCUUUUUUUUUUUUUUGUCCGCUUAAAAUCCAUUAUCUUGUACUCUUACAUCCUGGAAUCUUAAACAUUUUACUCUCUGACCUCUACCUUCUAGGCUUCCAGUUCUUUCACUUUUCCCAAAGCCCUUCUUUCAUUUCAAGGAUUCCUCUAGUCCCUAAAUUUCUCAACCAUCAGCCACCUCCUAUCCUUUUAUUUUUCUAAGUUAGAUAAUGAGCAAAUAUAUAAAAUAUUGUCAUGUCUUAGAGAUACCUAACUGCCUGCUAGACCUCUCCAUUUGGAUGUCCUGAAGUCACCACAUAUUCCAAAUUGAAUUCAUCAUCUCUUCCCUUUUCUUCCUCCCUCCCUCCCUUCCUUCCUUAGAUUUUAAGUAAUCUCUACACCCAAUGUGGGCCUCAAACUUACAAGCCUGAAAUCAAGAAUCGCAUGCUCUACUGACUGAGCCAGCCAGGCACCCCUUCUCCUCCCCUAUCUGCUCCUCAUCCACAUUCCCUAUCUCAGUUCUGUCUGCAUUUGGCCAACCCCAAAACCUGGGACCAUCCUUUAUUCCCUCUUCUCGUUCAUCAUCCCAUUUCCAGUCGCUUACCAAAUCUAAACUCCUAAGCAUCUAUAAAAUCAAUCCACUUAACUUCAUCCCCACUACUGCUACCUUAGUUCAAACUGCCAACUUCUCUCAUCUAGACAACCUCAAUAGCCACCUAACUGGUCUCCCGCUUCUGGUCUCAGCCCUUCCAGUCCCUCUGUCACAUUGCAGUCCUAGUGAGCUUUCUUUUUCUUUUCUUUUUUUUUUUUUAAGAUUUUAUUUAUUUUUGCGAAAGAGAGAGAAAGCACAAGUGGGGGGGGAGGGGCAGAGAGAGAAGCAGGCUCCCCGCUGAGCAGGGAGCCCAAUGUGGGACUCAGUCCCAGGACCCCGGGAUCAGACCUGAGCCAAAGGCAGACACUUAACUGACUGAGCCACCCAGGCGCCCCUAGUGAGCUUUCUAUAAUUCAUAUUAUAUUUGAUUACAUUCUCCUGCAGCAGAUUAGAUAGAAGCUCUUUUAUGUUCCAGUUCCUGCUUCUCUCUCCAGCCUUAGCUUUCCUUGCUCUCCCUCCCGUACUCUGGGCUCUAGCCACACCGAAUUUCUUGACCUUUCUUUACCUGACCCACCUACUUGCCCCUUAGGCUUUUGUUUACAGUCUAUACCUCUAUCUGACUCAUCUUCUCUCUCACCUUCAAUUACCAGUCUUAUCUGACACUCUAAUUUGGGUUAGAUGUCUGUCCCAUGUCCUCUGUUGGCAAUAUGUGCUUACCAUUGUAACAUCACACUGAACUGAAAUUACCUGUACAUGUCUGUCAUCAGACCAAGAUUGCUCAUUGGUUUAUUUCCCCAAUAAAGUCCAGCUCUGCUUGAACACACAGUAGAUAACCAGGGUAUGUAUUUUUGACAAAAAAGAAAAAAAGAAAAAAAAGAAAAACAGAAGAUAGGCUAGAUAUCAUCAAAAGCCAAGUGGGAGCAGUGGGUAGUAAUAAUCCUAGGGACAUAAGAAAAUUACUGUGUCACGGCUCCUGGCUGGCUCAGUCGGAAGAGCAUAUAACUCUUGAUAUCUGGGUCAUGAGUUUGAGCCCCAUGUUGGGUGUAGAGAUUGCUUAAAUAGAUAAAUAUUUAAAAAAAAGAAAAGAGAAAGUUGCUGUAUCAGUUAGCUUUUGCUGCAAAAUAAACCAUGUCAAUACUUAGUGGCUUAAAACAAUAAUCACUGGGACGUCUGGCUGGCUCAGUCGGUAGAGUGUGUGACUCUUGAUCUCUGGGUAGUAAGUUUGAGCCCCAUGUUGGAUAGAGAUUACUUAAAAAAUUAAAAAAAAAAACAGAACCACAAAAUUUUAUUUAUCUUACAGUUCUGCAGCUUAGCAAUUUGGGUUGGCUCAGCUGGACCAUUCUUCUGGUCUACUUAGCUUCUGAUUGUGGGCUGGCUGGUCUUGGAUUGGCCCUCAGCUGACACAGUUUAUCUCUGCUUCAUGUCCUCCAGUAGAGUAGCCUGGACUGGUUUUCAUGGCUAUUAACAGAGUUCCAAAAGAACAGACAGAAUCACGCAGAGCCUCUUAAGGCCUGGCCUUAAAACUGGCACAAUGCCAAUUCCACUGCAUUCUAUUGAUCAAAGUGAGUCUCAAGGCCAGCCAGGAUUCAAGAAUUGAGGAAAUAGACUCCACCUCUUAAUGGGAUGAGCUGUAAAGGGGAUAUUGCAAAGGGGAGCAGAUAUAGGAAAAGGGAAGGAUUGUGGCAAUUUUUGCAAUCUACAGAAGAUACCCCAUAAAAUAAACUAUUUGACUAAAAUGUAUAAAGAAGCACAAAUUACUAGGAAGCAUCCUAGUGAUGACUAGACAAGUCAAUACCCAAAUGUUUAUAGUUUUUCUUUUUUUAAUUAUUUUUAGGUAGGCUCCAAGUGCAACACGAGGUUCGAAGUCAUGACCCUGAGAUCAAGAGUUGCACGUUCUACAGACUGAGCCAGCGGGUGCCCUAUAGUUUCUCUUUAUUUUAUUUUAUAACUUGACUAUUUUGCAUGUGCAAGCAUGAUUUUUUUUUUUAAGAUUUAUUUAUUUAUUUGAGAGAGCGAGAAUGAGAGAGAGUACAUGAGAGGGGGGAGGGUCAGAGGGAGAAGCAGACUCCCCGCCGAGCAGGGAGCCCGACGCGGGACUCGAUCCAGGGACUCCAGGAUCAUGACCUGAGCCAAAGGCAGUCGCUUAACCAACUAAGCCACCCAGGCGCCCCAUGCAAGCAUGAUUUUUAAUUUAUUUUAUUUUUUUAAGUUAUCUCUAUACCCAACAUGGGGCUUGCUUGAACUCAUGACCCAGAGAGGAAGAGUCGCAUGCUCUACCCACUGAGCCAGCCUGGCGCCCCAACCAUGAUUUUCAGCACCUGCCAAAGUAGGUGUUUGGAACAGGGACUUGGGGACUGAGAGGAAAGGCACAUGGGAAGAGAUUACUGCGAAUGGAAAGACUCUGACAGCAAACUUCUUAAGGUCAGGGUUGUGUCCAGUUUAUUCACUUUUAUCUGUAGCACCUCACAUGAUUACCACAUGGAAAACACUCAGCAAAUAUUUGUUAAUGACUAAUAGUAAACCUCUUUACUAUCAUAAAGGAGAACUAAAUGUCUAGUCUUACUAGCAGUGCUGCUGCGUGUGGAUGUAGAGGUUAUGACCUAACCAAGGACGCGUAGGGCAUGGAGGAAGGGACUUGAGAUCCAGCCUGGGCUCUGCUGGCCAAGACUCAGGCCUGGUUCCUGGCUUUACCUGCCUCCAGGGGGCAUAGUUUUAAAUCCAACCAGCCCCCUUUAGCUUGCUAAGCAGCAAGGCUCUAAGACUGGGGGUUGGAGGGGCACCGAUUUUAUAAAGCUCAUAGCAGUUCCCUGUGGGCCGGCAGGGCCCUGAUAAUCUAGGGGAGCAGAGAACGGGUAACUGAGGAACACAAGAUGGCACGAAAUGCCCAAAGCAAGAAAAGCAUAAACCUAGAGACACUGUUCUUAAAAAUUAACGUAAAUGAGGGAUUGAGAGAAAUAGGAGCAAGGAAAAAAAAAGGUAGAGUGCAGUUAAUAUGUCUGAAUCCAAAGGAGAAACCAACCAAGAGUUAACAGAGAGACCAAAACAGCGGGGCACACAAAACAUGAUUUGUUUCUGUAAAGGGCAAAUCUAUGAGACAGAAAAUAGAUUAACGGCUGCCUGGGGCUGGGAGUAGGAAUGGGGAUUGACUGUAAAUGGGCUCAAAAGUUUCAUUUUAGUGUGAUGGAAAUGUUCUAAAAUUAGACUGCGGCAACGGGUAUAUAACUCUGUAAAUACACUAAAAUUCAUUAAAUUUUAUGCUUAAAACAGGUGGAUUCAUGGUGUGUAAAUUAUAUCUCAAUAAAAUUAUUUAAAAAUAUUUGUCUCUUGGGCGCCUGGGUGGCUCAGUCGUUAAGCGUCUGCCUUCUGCUCAGGUCAUGAUCCCGGGAUCCUGGGAUCGAGCCCCGCAUCGGGCUCCCUGCUCCACAGGAAGCCUGCUUCUCCUUCUCCCACUCCCCCUGCUUGUGUUCCCUCUCGCGUGCGCUCUCUCUCUCUGUCAAAUAAAUAAAUAAGAUCUUUAAAAAAAUAAAAUAAAAUAAAAAUAUUUGUCUCAAAUAAAUAAAAAUAAAUAAGUAAUAAAAAUAUUUGUCUCGACAAGAAAUAACAAGUGUUGGGGUGCCUGGCUGGUCAGUUGGUAAAGCAUGCCACUCUUGAUCUUGGGGUCAUGAGUUGAGGUCACGAGCCCCAUGUUGGAUGUAGAGAUUACUUAAAAAUAAAUAAAUAGGGGCGCCUGGGUGGCUCAGUCGUUAAGCGUCUGCCUUCGGCUCAGGUCAUGAUCCCAGGGUCCUGGGAUCGAGCCCUGCAUCAGGCUCCCGGCUCCAGCGAGAAGCCUGCUUCUCCCUCUCCCACUCCCCCUGCUUGUGUUCCCUCUCUUGCUGUGUCUCUCUCUGUCAAAUAAAUAAAAUCUUUAAAAAAAAAUUAAAAAUAGAAAUACCAUAUGAUCCAGUAAUUCCAUUACUAUUUACCCCCAAAAGUGAAAACACUAAUUUGAAAAGAUAUAUGCACCCCUAUGUUUAUUGCAGCAUUAUUUACAAUAGCCAAGAUAUGGAAGCAACCCAAGGGUCCAUCAAGAGAUGAAUGGAUAGGGACGCCUGGGUGGCUCAGUGGGUUAAGCGUCUACCUUCAGCUCAGGUCAUGAUCUCAGGGUCCUGGGAUCGAGUCCCGCAUCGGGCUCCCUGCUCAGUGGGAGGCCUGCUUCUCCCUCUCCCACUCCCCCUGCUUGUGUUCCCUCUCUGGCUAUGUCUCUCUCUGUCAAAUAAAUAAAUAAAAUCUUCUUAAAGAAAUAGAUGAAUGGAUAAAGAAGAUGUGGUAGUAAAUAUAUAUAUAGUGGAAUAUUACUCGGCCAUAAAAAAGAAUGAGAUCUUGCCAUUUGUGACGACAUGGAUGGACCUAAAGAGUAUUACGCUAAGGGAAAUAAGUGAGACAGAGAAAGACAAACAGCAUAUGAUUUUACUCUAAAAAACAAAUCAAACAAAAAACCAAACAGACUCUUAAAUACAGAAAACAAACUGGUAGUUGCCAACGGGAGAUGACUGGGGACAGAAUAGGUGAAGGGGACUAAGAGAUACAAAUUUUCAGUAAUAAAAGAAAUAAAUCAUGAUAAUGAAAAGUACAGCAUAGGAAAUACAGUAAAUAAUGUAAUAACAUUGAAUGGUGACAGAUGGUGACCACAUUUACCGUGGUGAGCACUGAAUGAUGUGUUGCCAAAUCCCCAUGUUGCACACCUGAAACUAAUAUAACAUUGUAUAUUGCAUAAUAAUUAUAUUUCAAUGGUACAGAAAAUUUUAAAAAAAACAUUGUUCUGAGUAUAAUAAAAUUAUUAUUUGUCUCUUGUCAGUGUUAGCCACACUAAAAGUGAACAAGACAUUGAGUGUAUCUGAUGGAUACAACAGGAAGCACCACCUCUAAGGCAUUAAAAUAAAAAUUAAAAAAUUGAACCUGACUCUAAUCCAGCUAUCAGUUCACAGGAAAUAUGAGAAAUACAGGAAGAAGUUAAAUAACACCAUAAGGAAGUGAAGAAACAAAUCCAGGAUGUGAGAUAUUCUAUAAGACAAAUGGCCCAGUUUCUUCUCAAAUAAAUGAUUUUAUUUGACAAAGAGAGCACAAGCGGAGGGAGAAGCAGACAGAGGGAGAGGGAGAAGCAGGCUCCUUGGGAUCCCAAUGUGGGGCUCCAUCCCAGGACCCUGGGAUCAUGACCUGAGCUGAAGGCCAAUGCUUAACCGACCGACACCCCUCUACUGCUCGUUUAUUAGCACUGGUGCUGCGACAUAACGGUUUCCAGUGAAGAUGCUGAGCUGCAUGGAGGUGGCAGAACAGGCAUUAUUUACAAUAGCCAAACUGUGGAAGCAGCCCAAGUGUCCACCAGUAGAUGCAUGGACAAAGAAGAUGUGGUGUAUAUACACAAUGGAAUAUUAUUCAGCCAUAAAAAAGAAUGAAAUCUUGUCAUUUGCAACAACAUGGAUGGAUCUAGAGAAUAUAAUGCAAAGUAAAAUAACCAGUCAGAGAAAGACAAACACCAUACAAAACAAUUAUUUCUGUCCCUCGUAAUUCUGUGUGUUGAGAGGACAGGCGGGACAGUCAGAGAAUCGAUCUCGGUUUAAGAUUUCUGCCUUCUCAGCAGUUUCUUAGGAAGAGGCAGCUUCAGACAGACCUCAGUCGGUCUCAGGAGACACUGUUCAGGAGAGAAUACCAAGUGGUUGAAAGGAGGUCACCUCAAAUCUCUGCAUGUCCAUGACAGCCCUGUCAUCAGCAUGGCAGCAGAGCGAGCUUUGGAGGCUGAGCUUUUAUUAAUUUAUUUGAGAGAGACAGAGAUAGCAACAGAGAGCACGAGUGAGCACAAGCCAGGAGAGGGAGAAGCCGAUUCCCUGCUGAGGAGGGAGCCUGACACUGGGCUUGAUCCCAGGACCCCAGAAUCAUGACCUGAGCAGAAGGAAGACGCUUAACUGACUGAACCACCCAGGUCUAGGCGUGGGCCCUCGGUCACAGCCCGGGAUCCCUCGCUCACUCUCUUCAGGAGCGGUCCAGGCGGCUCCCCCCCCCCAUCCCCUCUCUCUCGGGGCUGCUCUCCCUCCCAGCCGUCGCAGUUCCCGCCUCAGCCCUCCAACGCCCGCCCAGCCCAGGGAGGAGGGACGUCUAGCUGGUUCCAGCCUCUUCGGGCUCUGGGCUCCCGGACCCGCCCCCCCGCGCCAGUUGCCAGGGAGCGGUUGCCAUAGAGCUGAGCAGUUGUCCGCGUGCGCAGGCGGAAGUCCCGGAUUGAGGCGCCGCCAUUUUUGCUGCCCGGACACGGAGCGAGAGGCUGAGAGAGUCGGAGACGCUAUCCGCUUCCAUCCGUCGCGCAGACCCUGCCGGAGCCGCUGCCGCUAUGGAUGAUCGGGAGGAUCUGGUGUACCAGGCGAAGCUGGCCGAGCAGGCUGAGCGAUACGACG